AUGUCUCUGCGCAGGCUUGUGGCACGCACGUUCGGGCACUCGAUCUCGCAGCCAACGCGGCUCAUCAGCCCUCCAGCUGAGCUUCUGGUCCGUGCCUUUACCGAUGAAGGCGAGUUUCACGCGGAAGUUUCGAUCUCGUGGCACGUCGCCAUAGAACCCACCCCGUCUUCUUUUCUGACUCGCGCCGUAUCUACGUUCGUAACAUAUUUUGUGCCUGACGUUUCUCUGCGCUCGUCUCUUGCAGUUCGGAGAAGGGCCGGCGAUUUCAUCGUCCCGACAAAAGACUCGUAUGUUGUGGAUCGCAGUCGCCUGGAGAUAGCUGGGGAAGGUAACAAGGGCGUGGCGACGAAGGGAGGAGGAGGUGAAUGGGAACGAGUGCCCACGUCUCGGCUCUAUUAUCCAGGUCAAUCCUACGAGGCAGAUGCCAUUGCCCCACAUAUCGGACUCGAUAAGCGCUCAAUAGAGCGCCAGGCAGGAAGCGCGCCAUUGCGUGGAAGCCGUGCCCACCGGCGUUUGUCGAAUGUGCUGGAUUAUCGCAACGCUAGGCUACUGAAUCUGUUUGUUUCAGACGCAGGAAAGAUUCUUCCAAGGCGAAGAUCUAGGCUCUCUGCUAAGGUACACCGGAAAGCUGUCAAGCACAUUAAGACUUCACGGGUGAUGGGCAUAAGUGCUAUGACAGAGCGCCUUCAAGAACUCACGAAGCCAAAAAAAUGA